UCUCUCCGAUCUAUACAAACUUUGAAUUGUUAUAUAUAGUCAAAAACUCCAUAGUGAGAAAAACUCUCCUGUUUCCGUGAAAGCUGCGCUGCUGAAGCAACUACUCAGAUAUGGCUUCUCUCUCAGAUCUCGUUAACCUCAAUCUCUCUGAUCAAACCAACAAGAUUAUUGCUGAGUAUAUAUGGAUUGGUGGUUCAGGCAUGGAUCUCAGAAGCAAAGCAAGGACCCUUUCUGGUCCUGUUGAUGAUCCCAGCAAGCUGCCUAAAUGGAACUAUGAUGGAUCGAGCACCGGACAAGCUCCUGGGGAAGAUAGUGAAGUAAUUCUUUAUCCUCAAGCUAUCUUCAAAGAUCCUUUCAGAAGGGGGAACAAUAUAUUGGUUAUGUGUGAUUCUUAUACACCAGCUGGUGAACCAAUUCCGACAAACAAUAGGUUUGCUGCGGCCAAGAUUUUCAGUCAUCCUGAUGUUGCUGCUGAAGUGCCAUGGUAUGGUAUUGAGCAAGAGUACACUCUGUUGAAGAAAGAUGUUCAUUGGCCUCUUGGAUGGCCAAAUGGAGGAUUUCCAGGACCACAGGGACCAUACUACUGUGGUAUUGGUGCCGACAAGGCCUUUGGAAGAGACAUUGUUGAUGCUCAUUAUAAGGCUUGUUUGUAUGCUGGGAUCAACAUAAGUGGAAUCAACGCAGAAGUCAUGCCAGGACAGUGGGAAUUUCAAGUUGGACCUGUUGUUGGUAUCUCAGCUGGUGAUGAAUUGUGGGUUGCUCGCUACAUUUUAGAGAGAAUCACUGAGAUUGCUGGGGUAGUGGUUUCAUUUGAUCCAAAGCCUAUCCCGGGUGAUUGGAAUGGGGCAGGUGCUCAUACAAACUACAGCACAAAAUCUAUGAGGAAUCAGGGAGGCUUAGAGGUCAUCAAAAAGGCCAUCGAAAAGCUUGGUUUGAAGCACAAAGAACAUAUUGUUGCUUAUGGUGAAGGCAAUGAACGUCGUCUCACUGGAAAACAUGAAACAGCUGAUAUAAACAAAUUCUCAUGGGGAGUUGCAAACCGAGGAGCAUCUGUUCGAGUAGGCAGGGAGACAGAAAAAGAUGGGAAAGGGUAUUUUGAGGAUAGAAGGCCUUCCUCGAACAUGGAUCCGUAUGUUGUGACCUCCAUGAUCGCGGAGACAACAAUCUUGUGGAAUCCUUAAGCUAGCCUCAGUAAAAUUCACCACCAGACUACUGGUGCGGUGCUCCUGUUAAACAUAUUGAAACAAGAAAAAGUCUAUUUCUUCAAGACAUACGUAUUAGUUUAAACUUGGUGACAUCUGGUCUUAUUUGUAGGUUUUGCAUUUGUACUCCAUGCAUUUAUAUGAAGUACUUAAAAUUUGUAUGAAAA